AUGACAAAGGAGUCGGAUCAGCAUCGGCUGCUGCCAGGCGGCACGGACGAUUCAGAAGAUGACUUGGAACUGUCGCAGAACGAACUUGUUGGGAGACGGAAGCAAUCAGGCAGACAAUUUGCCAAGUCGUGCUUGUUCGUCGCAGUGUUAAUUGCGGCUUCUAUCGCCUCUUUUUGGGCUGGAUCGCGGAUAUCAAUGCGAAAAUCUCCGCUGGAUGCAAAAUGCGCGGCACAUACUACACAGUGGUCUCCUGUUCUGAGAGAUGUCAAUGUGAAGUACGAGACUCGGUUGUUCAACGGGUCGUUUAUGAAAGAGAAUAUAUACAGACGACCAGGAUCGACAGAGGUGGAUCAAGCUUGGGAAGAUUUGGGAGUGGACUACCGAGCUGGGAUUAUCUCAUACGAAGAUGGCUUAGCCAGUGGGCUGAAACCAUCAUUUGUUCAGAGGGCGGCCAAGUAUGGUGGAGGUUUUCUGGUCAACGUCGAGGGAAUGCAUCAUUUACACUGCCUAAACCUACUGCGGAAGUCACUUUACUUCAACUAUGACCACUACAAACAACUAGGCAAACACGAAUUCAUCAACGAAGAGAUAAUACUACGUCCCCAUAUCACCCAUUGCCUUGAUGCUAUUCGUCAAGUCCUAAUAUGCAACGUGGAUACAGCCGUGCUGGGACAAGUCUGGGCAGACUCAGAAAAGCCGUUUCCGUUCCCAGACUUCAACACAAACCACAAGUGCAAGAAUUAUGAUGACAUAAAGGACUGGGCACGAAAACUUCAGAGGGCACCAAAUGACCAAAUUCCUGCUGAUUAUUUGGCCAAGCCUCGCCAAGGAGAUGUUUUCCCAUUAGUUCCUUGA